GACGUGUUAGUGAGAGAGAAAUUAUUGUGUUGAAAGAAAUAUUUACCAAAACAAUUUCUUCUAUCCCAACUAUUUCCCUUAAUAUUUGGUAAUAUAAUUUGCCAAAAUCUAAUUUAGCCAUAUUCAAAAUGAAGUGUCAACAAUAAAUAUUAAUUAAAGUUAAAAAAUUCUGUGUGACAAGUUGAAUUAAUUAAGAAUUUUGAAGAUUUAAAUCGUUUAUAUUUGUCUUUUGCACACAGUAAAAGUGAUUAGUGAGGAAGAUGAAUGGUGGAGCUGGUAAACGCACUGGCUCUAGGCAUGUUAUGGUUGUUUUGAUAUUAUGCAUCCUCUGGUACAUUAUUUCAUCUAGCAACAAUGUUAUUGGUAAAAUGGUUCUAAAUGAAUUUCCGUACCCCAUGACGGUGACAAUGAUCCAACUAUGUAGCAUCACAUUGUACAGCGGACCAUUCUUUAAUUUAUGGCGGAUACGAAAAUAUCAGGAUAUACCAAGGGGCUAUUAUCUGCGAUUGAUAGUUCCACUGGCUUUUGGUAAAUUCUUAGCAUCUGUAACAUCACAUAUUUCCCUGUGGAAGGUUCCAGUGUCUUAUGCUCAUACAGUUAAAGCCACCAUGCCUUUAUUUACGGUGAUACUGACACGUUUAAUAUUUCGUGAGAAACAGCCAACACUGGUCUAUUUGAGUUUGCUACCAAUUAUAACUGGAGUUGGAAUUGCAACCAUGACUGAAAUAUCAUUUAACAUGAUGGGCUUGGUAUCGGCUUUAAUAUCAACCAUGGGAUUUUCCUUGCAAAAUAUAUUUUCAAAAAAGGUGCUAAAAGAUACUGGAAUUCAUCAUUUACGCCUAUUACAUUUACUUGGUAAAUUAGCUUUAUUCAUGUUUUUGCCCAUUUGGAUAUAUGUGGACAGUUUCAAAGUUAUUCAACAUCCUGCAAUUAUAAAUUUAGAUUAUCGUGUUAUAGCGUUAUUGUUUGCCGACGGAGUUUUAAAUUGGCUACAAAACAUAAUUGCCUUUUCUGUGCUUUCACUUGUUACGCCCCUGACAUAUGCCGUGGCAAGUGCAUCGAAACGUAUUUUUGUUAUAGCCGUAUCUCUGUUGAUUUUGGGAAAUCCAGUAACAUGGGUAAAUUGCUUAGGCAUGGCUCUGGCUAUAUUAGGUGUAUUAUGCUACAAUAGGGCAAAACAUAUAAGCAGAAAUAAAUCUAUUAUACCCACCACCACACAAAAAAGUAAUAUCAAAUAUACUUCAUUGCAAAAUAAUGUCGAUCCUUAUUACCGUGGUUCAGUUACAACAAAUACCAAAAUUCCAAAUGGCUAUAGUUCGAAAAAUGUCACAAAUAGCCUUUUGGCUAAUGGCAGUACAGUGCCUAAUGGUAGUACAACUCGACUCUUAUUCGUUUAGUUAAAUUUUAAUAACUUUAUAAAAGUAAUAAUAAAAUACAAUUGAAUUUAGAAAUACUAUACAAUUUUAUUUAUAUAAACACAUAUACUACAUACAUACAUAUAAAAUGCAUGUAUAAAAAAUAUAAAUUUUAUGUUAAACCAUUGUUUUCACAUCUACAGGCUAUAAUUUUAAUUUUAUUUUUGCCAUAUUCUUGUAAAACUUUGUGAAUGCGAUUUUAUUUCGUUUCUCAGUAUUUUUGUUGCAUAUUUGUCUUACUUAUUAAUCAAUGAUGUUUAAUGUAAAAUAAUGACCCUUUCAGUUAUUUAAGUCUGUUCUUGUUUUUGCAAUAUUUAAAAAUGUAAAUACACCAAUAUUUAAAAAAAAAAACGAAAUAUUAGAUACUACUACUAUAAACUUCCUAUUUUUAAAGUUUAAGAAAACAUUCAUAAACUAAAAUUAUUGACGCAAACUUUUGUAUAUAUCGUAGAGAGAAAACAAAAAAAUACGUUGACAAAUACAUAAAUAUGUACUUUGUUUAUUAAAAAAGCAAAAAUAAUAAGCAAAAAUAAAAUAAACUUAAUCUAAACAAUUUGAAAAUAAUAA